AGAAGCAAAGUACUUGCCCACCAAAAAAAACAAGAACCCAACAACACAAAAAAUAAUCACACGCAGAGAAAGAAAAGCUUCCUCUCUCCAAUGUCCUAACAGCAAAAUUUGAGGUUGUUUUGAUCCUCUAAUGGUACUUGUCCAAUCCUCCUCCAAACUUUCCCUCCCUCCUUCGCCACAGACAACUUCUUUCCUCUUUGAACCAAAUUCUCUCUCUUUAGCCCUAAUGCACUCUGAUUCCUCCCUUUCUCUCUUUCCUUCCCUUCCCUUUCCCUCCCUUUCUUCUCUCCCUUCCAAACCCCAAACCCUAAUCCCCCCUCCCUCUUCUUCCUCCUCCUUCAUCCUCCUCCACCAACAGAAUUCUGACCCUAGAGUUCUGUUUCUUGUUGCUGGCCCUCAUUUGGGUGGUUCCCAGAUUCUGUUUAGGCUCUAUCUUCUUCAGAAGAACAAUCUUUUCACUAAAGCUCAGGUAUUCUGCAAUCAGAAAGGACUUUGGUUUGAUUCAAAGUCUGGAGUUUUCAUGGACGUAAAUCAUGGGGUUUCAAUAAAGAUUGUUGGGUCUAUUAAUUUUUUUGUGAUGUAUUCAGUUUCAAGUAGGAAAGUUUGGGUUUUUGCAUUGAAGCUUAUUGGUGAUGGUAAUGGUGAAGCUGAUGUGGUGAAAUUGAUGAGAUGUGCUAUUAUUGAGUGUUGCACGCCGGUUUGGUCUAUGAGUGUUUCUUUUGGAUUCUUGAUCCUAGGGGAGGAUAAUGGAGUUAGGGUUUUUAAUUUGAGGCAGCUAGUGAAAGGGCAUGUUAAGAAAGUUAAGGGUUUGAAUUCAAAUGGGAAUUUGGAUUUGAAUGGGAAAUUGAAGAAUAAAGGGUUGAGAUUGCCAAAUGGGGUUAUUGGUGGUGAUAAUCACAGUGGUUCUACUGCUUGCAAUGGUUUUUUGGAUGGGAAAUUUGAUAAACAUUGCGUUUCAGUAAAGCAGAAGUCUAUAAGGUGCAGACAAGAUUCUGGUGAAGGGGAUGCUUGUGUCGUGGCCUUAAAAAGCACAGAGGCCAAGGUCUCAAAUUCAGCUGUAAAGGCAGUUUCCAUCCAGGCCCUGUCUUCCAAGAAGUUUAUGAUUUUGGACUCUGCUGGAGAUUUACAUGUCUUGUGCCUGUCUAAUCCUGUUGUAGGAUCAACCAUCAGGGCUCACAUGAUGCAGUUGCCUCACAGUAUGAAAGUGCAAAAGCUGGCCGUUCUUCCUGAUAUUUCUUCAAGAAUUCAAACUUUCUGGAUAUCUGAUGGAUUUCAUUCGGUGCACAUGAUGAUGGCAUCUGAAAUGGACAUUGCUGUUAAUAAAAAUGAUGGAGAUGAGAGUCAGGAAAAGCCGAUGCAAAUCUCAGUGAUUCAAGCAAUUUUUUCCGCUGAAAAGAUACAAGAUCUUGUACCAUUGGCUGCAAAUGCUGUUCUGCUUCUUGGACAAGGAAAUAUGUAUGCCUAUGCAAUUCCCUGAAGUUUCUUGGAGUAUAUCUAUUUAUAAACGGAAGUCUAUUUUCCAGGUCAUAUAGAUGAUUAUCAUUGUUUUAUGGAUUCCUGGAUCAGUACUCUCAUAUGGAAUUGAGCACAUUCUCCUAGUUACCAUGGUUUGGUUAUCUGUUGUCCUUAUGUUGCUGAAUUCAUGAGCUGCGGUGGUUUUAUUCUUAUAUUGGUAUGUGAGACCUUGAGAACACUGAGCUCUUGAAGGUGAAAUUAGAAGCACAUGGAUUCUUGUUAUGGAUUUUGGGAUCUCAAAAGAUGAGUCUAUCCGAUAACUCAAAGCAACCCCUGCUGCGCUACCAGCUUCUACUGAGUUGAGGAAAAAUGUGCUGCAGAGUUCACAUUGUCUUAUUUUCAAGCAGAAGGCCAAAAUAGCCAUGAAAUGAAGGUCAUGAAAUGACAUUCUGAGUUUCUGUGCUGUUGCAAGACACAGGAUUCAGCUAUAUGUGUCUGUCAAUGUAAGCGGGUGGACUUGCCCCGCAUAAACAUGUAGCUCGACUCAUGCUCGUUUUCCAUUUAGGUGUGAGAAUCAAGUGGCAUGGUUGUUUUCUAAAUUUCAAUCAUAAUUUCUUGAUAUAAUGCUAUUCUCUAUCAACUAA